CCUUCACUACAUUUAUCACGAUCCCUCCUCUAAAACCUCAAUUUUUUUUUUUUUCAAGAUAUCUAAACCUCUUUUUGCUUAUUCUGAACACUGAUCAAAGCACCGUUUCAAAAUCGGGCAGAAAAAUGGGUACAAGAGAGGUGUAUGAAGAGAAGCUAAGGACUGGAAUUCUGGACCGCGAUCCAACCAUCAACCCUGGCCUCGGUUCCGCUCGAUGCCCUCGCUGUCUCUCCCUUCUCAACCCUGAUUCCGAAAGAGGCGAGUGGACCAUCACUUCUGUCUUGCACGAUACCACUGCCGUCGCUGGCUCAGGGAUUGGUGGCAUGCUUAGUGCAGUUCAUGGUUUGAAUACAGGGAUACCAUAUCUUCAAAAUCUUCUUAAGGGACCGAAGUGGCUGCCUUUCGCAGUUGGGUUCCCUCCAUUGUUGAUAUAUUCUGGAGCAAGUGCUGCAUUUGGAGGUUAUGUGCUUCCAAAGUUCACUCAACUCACUGUCACAUCCUAUUAUGCUGCCUCCAGUGCCUCACAUUAUGGAAUCUCACUUCUCACCCGGCAUAUUGAAGAGAACUACAGUUCCGAAACCCAGCAUCUCAAGCGGCUCUGAUAAUUCCUUUCCGGUGUCCUUAUAAGGAAGAUACAUUAACCUUUGGCAAUUUUGUUUAUAUUAUCUUUUGUUUGCUCAAGACGUACCGUCCUAUGGAUGGUUAGGAUUGUUUUAAAUUUAUAAUGUAUUUGCAACUCCAUGUGGAAAUGCUCGUAAUGCCAAUAAUGUUUCUUUAAAAUUUAUUGAGUUGUAUCAAUUAAUUAAAUAUUAAUUUCAAAUAAAUAAUAAUCAUUAGAUGAAUAGAAA